UUUGUUUUAUUGCAUUACGUGUGUCAGUCAGUAAAUGCAAGUUAUCUCUUUUUCAGUUUAUUCAGCUGGUAUCCAGUGAUUUGAAAGUAUUUGGAAGGAACUCUUACACCCUUUGCAGUGAUGGCCAGUUACUCAUUCGACAAGUCCUCCACCCAGAAACAUCUAAGAAGAACUUCCUCCUGUCAGAAUGCUUCUAUUCCUUUUAUGAUCUGCGCAAAGAAUUUCACACAUGCUACCCUAGUUCAGCCGCCGUGAAAGACCAGACUAUCAAGACCAUGGCAGAAUAUCUAGGCUUAGGGACAGAUGAAGCAGAGGAGGACUUUGGCGUAUGGCAAGUAAAAACAAUGGUGGCUAUCAUUUUCAGCAUGCUCUCUGAAAAUUGUGAUCACAUAUUUACUGACCCUGAAACUGUGAAAUACAAGUACGAAACAGGUCCUUGCAGCAAAUCAGAAACAGUGGAUAAUGAGACAGUAAUACGUGCUAGAGGUUUGCCAUGGCAGUCUUCAGACCAAGAUAUUGCCCGAUUUUUCAAAGGACUCAAUAUUGCCAAAGGUGGCGUGGCCCUUUGUCUGAAUGCUCAAGGAAGAAGAAAUGGUGAAGCAUUAGUUCGAUUUGUCAAUUCUGAGCAGAGAGAUCUGGCACUGGAAAGACAUAAGCAUCACAUGGGUAGCAGAUACAUUGAGGUAAAAAGUAGCAACUUGAAACAAAUCUUUGAAAAGCAAUCUGAAUAUUUUAGAGUAUGAUUUUAAAGGAGAACA